UCGGGAGGUUAUGGACAAGUGCGGGAAGCGCAUUCCUGAGCACAGACCGCCGAGACUCUGCGGAAGCCGAAUGCUAUUGUGAGACCGCCGGGAUUUCGGGCCGCGACUUCGUCCAUGCAAAAGCCUCGUAGCUUCCUGGGAAGACAAUACGGUAGCUGAAGUCCCGAUUCAGCAGGGGACCAAGACGAGCCGGGACAUCACAUCGUCAAGGACGGUUGUCUUCGCUUUUUGGUGGAGUCACAUCACUCCAGCCAUGCGGAGACGCCCAACCCGUGACAAGGCCUGAGUCGACGAGCUUCUAUAGAGCACCAAGAUAACAAUCAAGCGAGUCACGGCACGGCUUCUGUAUAAACGACAGGAAUCGACAGCCAUGACGUUUGCCGUCUUUCUGGCGCCGACCGUAGUGUCUUUGACGCUGCUGCUAAGCCGGGUGACGUGCCAGCAGCCUGAAUGCAACUUGAAAAGUUGCGAAAAGCAGUGCAUGUCACUCCAAGCCUGGCGGUGGAGUUGCGAAGUGGAAGGCUGCCUUUGUACGUUUGAGCUAAACGACGCGAAAGGUCUGUGCAGUAAAGGUUCCGGAGGCGGUGGUAAUGCAAACGAGCGUGACAAGAAAAAGAAGGAUCAAGAUCAUGAGUACAAUGUUGACGACGAUUUCUACGACACUUUUUACGACGACCACCAUGAUAGCGGCUCAAGAGAAACCGGAAGACCUCCUGGAGGUCAAGGAGGCGGCGAAAAAACCACAAAUACUCCCGGUGGCAGUGAGAAGGGCAAAGGCACAAACAAGCGUCCAGGAGGCGGUGGGAAGCCAACAAAGUGGCCAGGACAGGGUGGCAGGCCACCUGGUGGUGAUAAGGGCCAAGUCACGAUACCUGGUGGAGAUUACGACGAGUUUGAUGAGACGCUAAGUACCCCCUACUACAGUACAACCUACAACACACCGAGUGUCCCCGGAUACGUUACUACCGACAGCAGCAGCCUUUCGUCUUCCAGCGAAGACGACUAUGGUCAGAAGGGGUACGGCCAGAUGGACUAUGGUCAAAAGAACAACGGAGCCAGGGCAUAUCUCAGUCUGCUGCCCCGGAAGGCGCUGAAACCGAUGAAAGGAAGAAGCGGUGUCAGCAAGGGCGGCAAGAUACACAUGCCGUUCGUCGUCAAGAGCCUGAGCAAGCCAUUAUCCCCGAAGCAGGUGAUGGAACAACUCAAGCAGCAGAAGGGAAACAUCCCCAUGAGGAAGAUCCAGAAUUUCCUGAAGAAGGGUGGGCGUUAAUAAAACUGCUACACGUUG